AUCUCCAUGAACUCCAGCUUCACUGGCUAUACUCAGCCAUAAAAGAAAUCGUUUUCACCUGUCAAACAAUGCCAAAUGUGAUGAAAACAAAUUAACGAUGUCAAAGAGAAAUGAUUUGUACUAAGAUGUUUUCAUAGACUUUGCUCAGGGUCUGGUCUCAUGAAAUUGAGACGGUAUAGAUUUUAAGUACGAGUGUAGAGCCAAACAGCACCAAAAUACUUACGACUAUCCAAACAGAAAACUAACAGACUGUCCUUUAUUUCUCCAACCUUCUGAAACUCGUCAGUGACGGAACUAAAUGAAGGCGGAGUCGCUAGCACAAAACGGCUCGCUGUGAUUCAUUUGAAGCCUCUGCGCGCCAGACCUAGUAGUCCUCACGUCGGAUAUGGAACUGAUUUAUUUUCUGAUCAGUUCGUUCUAGCCGGAAUUGAAACAUGGGUAAACAUCAUUUUCUUACGUCAUACCCGAGCAUUGAAUGAGAGAGUUGCAAGAGCGCGUGAGCAGAGUGAAAGAGGAAGAGAGCGAUGAAGAGCUGUGUCAGACUCACUUUAAGGGACUGCGCCCUCCUUAUUCUGCGGGUUCAGCUGAGCUUAAUGGCACCUCAAGUCUCCGUGCUUGCCAGCAGGGUGAUGAUGGAGGGCUGCCCACUCGGCCAGUUCCCCUGUGGGAAUACAAGUGUGUGCCUACCACAGGUGCUCCAAUGCAACGGUCACAGGGACUGCACGAAUGGAGCAGAUGAGGAUCAUUGUGGUGAUAACAGUGGAUGGGCUGACAUCUUUGACCGUACCAUUACAAAGAAAGCUGAACCACAGGACCUCACUGAUGCCUGCUCUCUUCAGCAGUAUCCAGAGAGCUGCGACUGCACCAAGACAGAAGUGGAAUGUGUGGGGGUGAACUUGUAUGACGUGCCUCUUCUCUCCUCUAACGUGACUUGGCUGUCUCUGAAGAGCAAUGAUCUGAGAGAGCUUCCUGAUGAUGUCUUCUCUAAAUAUACUGACCUGCAGCGACUGUUUCUGCAGAACAACAGCAUUCAUACAGUCUCCAGCCGUGCAUUCAGCGGCUUAUUUAGACUGCGAAAACUGUUCCUAAGUCAGAACUACAUCACUUCCUUGGGGCCUGAUGUAUUCAGAGAUCUCCAUAAAUUACAAUGGCUAGUGCUGGAUCACAACCCCAUAAGGAGCAUCUCUCAUGAUAUUUUCAGUGGUCUCAAGUCGUUAAUGUUUCUGUCCCUGGUGAACACAUCCCUGGUACAGCUGUCUGAACUGAGCCUUUGUAACUACAUGCCUCUGCUCAGCUGGCUAGAUUUUGCUGAGAACCACAUUGAGGUGCUGAAUUACUCCACUCUCAUGACAUGUAGUGAGCUCACAGUACUAUCAUUGCGUGAGAAUAAAAUCAGGACUCUUCCUGAAAACACUUUUCAGUCACUUGGAGCAUUGGCAGAGCUGGAUUUGUCCUGCAACAGGAUUGCUGACCUUCCCAAUAACAUAUUUGAGAAUUUAAAAUCACUGUUGAAACUAAAUAUAUCACACAAUCCUUUGCUGCACAUUCAUGCUGGUCAUUUUGAUCACCUGGUUCAGCUUGAGUCUCUAGGAUUGGAGGACAUUGAGAUUCCUGAUAUACAAACGAAGAUGUUCCUCCCCAUGGGCAAACUGUCUUAUAUAUAUUUUAAGGAUUUUCAGUACUGUUCCUAUGCACCACAUGUGCGUAAGUGCAAACCCAACACAGACGGGAUCUCUUCAUUUGAGGACCUAUUGGCCAACAUGAUCCUAAGAGUGUCCGUCUGGGUCAUGGCCUUCAUCACCUGCUUUGGAAAUCUCUUUGUUAUUGGAAUGCGAUCGUGCAUUCGUGCAGAAAACCACCUGCAUGCAGUGUGCAUCAAAGUCCUGUGCUGUGCAGACUGUCUGAUGGGUGUAUACCUGUUCUUUUUGGGUGUGUUUGACAUGAAGUUCCGUGGUGAAUACAAUCGGAAUGCACUGCUGUGGAUGGAGAGCCAGGAAUGCCGCACCAUUGGCUUCCUGUCCAUGCUGUCUUCCGAGGUGUCCGUGCUCCUCCUCACGUACCUGACCCUGGAAAAGUUUCUGGUCAUUGUGUUCCCCUUCAGUCAUCUGCGACCUGGGAAGCUGCAGACUGGUGUGGUGCUUGUCUCCAUCUGGCUGCUAGGAUUGCUUAUAGCUGGUGUCCCUCUGCUCAGUGAUGACCUUUUUGGCAACUACUACGGACGCAAUGGAGUCUGCUUCCCCUUGCAUUCUGAUAGGCUUGAGAAGCCCACCGCUAAGGGUUACUCUACAGGAAUAUUCCUUGGACUGAACCUGCUGGCUUUCCUAGUCAUUGUCUUCUGCUACUCCAGUAUGUUCUACUCCAUCUAUAAGACCGGUAUCAACACCACAGAUGUGCGUAAUCGCUUGCACAAAGAUGUGGCUGUGGCCAAUCGCUUCUUUUUCAUUGUGUUCUCUGAUGCCCUCUGCUGGAUUCCAAUAUUCCUGGUCAAAACGUUUUCCCUUCUGAAGAUGGAGAUACCAGGCACUAUAAACUCUUGGGUAGUGAUCUUCAUCCUGCCAAUUAACAGCGCUCUGAACCCCAUCCUCUACACACUGACCACCAGCUUCUUCAGGGAGCAGGUGGAGCUGUUACUGUGCCGCUGGCAACGCAGUUCGUCCUUAAUGAAAGACCGCAAGAGCCUCACCAGCACCACAAUCUACAUGGAUCCUUCCAGGCAUACAUUCUACCAUUCAAAAGGCAAAAUGUCUCGGGUCACCUAUCCAGAUGCGGAUGCCCAGUAUGACUGAUGGAGCAGAAAAGUGCUGACUUUGUCAUCAACCCCAUCUGCAUUCCAUGGGAAUUGAACGCUGUACUAUACAAAACACAACUGGGGAAUAUUGGUCGGCAAGUAGGUUCUAGGUAGCAGCGUGGCUCUAGAUUCAUUUUUCUCUCAGAAGGAUGAAUGCAGAAAAAGGUGGCUAAUGUACAAAAGUGAAAAAAGGGGAAUUGUAUUUGUUGUCUCCAUCAAUGCAGACUAAAUGGUAGUGGCCAGCAUCUUAACGAAGAAGAGUAAAAAAGCAGAGAUACAUAAGGAAAUCAGCUGCUCUUCACACAGGUGCAGUAAGUUGUGUGUCAGUAGGUCACUUGAAAUCUCAAAUGAAUGCUCUUGAGCCAUUUCUUCAAGCUUUCUAAAAUGAAUGACCUGUGGAGGAUUUCUUUUACACGUGUACAUUAGUUAAGACCAAUUUCUGAUGAAUUUAUCAGAAAAUUUUAAAAAAUCAUCUAACUGAAUACUGUACAGUUCACAAAUGGAACUGCACUCCACUAUACUAUACAAUUCACAAAGUUCUGAAUGCAUUUAUAACCAGUGUUUGGUAAGUUACUCAAAAAAAAAGUAAUCCACUACAGAUUACUAAUUACUACUUUAAAAUUGUAAUUCGAUUACAUUACUGAUUACUGCAUGUAAAAAGUAAUCAGAUUACUAAUUACUUCCAAGUUACUUUCAAAACUUAUCAAACCUACAAAAAUACACUACAAAGUGAAGUUCAUAGUUCUUUCAGUAAUUUUAGAGUGUCUAUGCAUUACAUGAUCAGUAAAAGUUGGAUUUAUCAUAAAAUUUGCCUUGGGUGUUCACUGUUUGUAGAAUUACCAGAAGGAUAAAAUCUAAAACUUUUCUAACUAGGCUAGUUUGGUGUCUCUAGCCAAGGGGAGGCACAGCUAAGCUAUCAUUAGCAACGUUUCCAUCCAAGGGUGUUUUUUUUAAAGGUUAAAAGGUUUAGCGCAUUAAAAUGUUUACAGAUAUAGCUGAUGGAAAUGCGAAUUA